UUCUCCACAGGCCCCCAGACACAAUUUGGUCCUAGGUAGUUAGCUGCUGUGUUUAUCAGUCUUCUUAUUUCUCAACUUAACACUUUAUUACAAUUAAGGGCUCUAUUUGGACCAGCCUUGUGCUCAAUUAUGCCCAAUUUUUGCAUAAUUUAGAGAGAAAUGUGGAGGAGCAUGACUUUUCCAUCUAAUUUUAUGCAAAAUUAGCAUUCAGCCACCUGGGAUUUUGACUGAGAAGCAGAACACACAUCUAAUAUAGGAAUGUGUGGCAGCUGAAAUGGAGGUUAAGAACAGGGAUUGAGUCAAUACAAAAUUGUACAAAUUAAUCAAUACCAGAUUUUUUUUAAUCUCCUACUCUGCAUGGCAAAUUAAAGUAUGGUUCUGCUCUGAAAAAAUAACUGUAAAAAUGGCACCUUCUUGCCAGUAUUUUUGUUCCCUAUAGAUUUCCAGAGACAUUUUUACUAACUUCGCUGACAAAAUUAUUUUUUUUAUUGCUUUUGAUUCUGCUUCACCCUGCAGAGCCAAUGCAGCUCAGAGAGGGGGAGCUGGAUUCUAGUCUUUCAACAAUAACAAAAAAUAUAUGCUAAAUUCCAAUCAGUUACAUCUGUGCAAAUCCACUGAAGACAAUGGAACUGCAGCUGUCACUGAAGGCUCAAUUUGGCUUGCAGAAUCUUUGGCCAAGAUUUUGAAAAGUGAUUAGUUGUUUUGGGUGCCUAAUUUGUGCCUAAUUUUUUGGGUCCCCCAUUGGAAACGCUUUUUAGGGGGUCUGAUUUAUACAGAGCAGGUGCUCACCACUCUGCAAAUCAGACCCUUAAAGAUGUCUCAAGUCAGAAAUUGAGGCAUCCAAAAUCGCUACUUCCUUUUGGGUGAAAGCCAUCAGUACUGGUGAUAACGAAGGAGAAGGACAUUGCAGGUGGGUUUGCAAGGAUGGCAGUUAAAAAAAUGUUUUUGCUUGCAGAUUAAUCAUAUUUGGAAAGGUAUUAUUAAGAGACAAUAAACGCAGAACCUCUGCAAUGCCUUUUAUGCAGAAUCAAUUUUCAGAGAAGUACUGGACUUUAAAGCAAUCAGACAGUUUUCAUUUAUAACACUUAUAAACAUGUGACAGAUAAUUCAAUGUCUCCACAUGGCAGAUACUCAAAGACCUUGGAAGCAGAAUACAUUUUUCAUAUGGUUGAACUGUUCCUGAACAAUUUCUCCAGUAUAUUAGGCCAAAACUUGAGCUCUGUUGUUAAAGAUGCAGGCCAUCUUACCCUAUAUUUUCAUCCUCUUGGAAAAACCUAUGAAUUAUGUGAUCAAUGCAAAGAAAUCCAUUUCUGAAUAAUAGCUGAGUCUGUCUGUGUUUGUCUUACUAUGCCUCUGCUAUAUUAUUGCAGGUUCUUGACAAAAUAUAGAAUUGUAUUCUAUAUAAAUGUGCAAGAUUCUGAUCUCCAUUAUACUGAUAUAAAUCCGGAGUGAUUCCACUUCAGUCAAUCCAAUUACUCCAGGUUUACACUGAUGUAAUGGAGAAGAGAAUCUAGCCCAUAUGUUUCCUUUUCAGACUUCAGUAGUGUAGAACAAACUUUAUGUCUCAGAAUGCAUGAACUGUUUCUGUCUUUUUCUUUAUUUUAAUGUUGAAAUUGAUUUUCCUCCUUUUGAUAUGAAGAGUAUAAUAUAUGCUGUAUUGGACUCAUUACCAAAUAGUUGCACCUGGCCACCAACAAAAGAGGAAGUGAAGGCAGAUGGACUUACAGGGAUAUAAUUAAAUUUACCAUUGGAAAUAUAGGAUAUCCCAUACCAUCAGAUAUGACCAAUGGUAUACCAAGCCUUGUAUCCUGCCUCUCACAGUGUCCAGUAUUUGAUGCCUCUGAGGAAAACAAUGAACAUGCAUAAUACACCAUCCCAACCAACUGUGCAAUGCUGUACAUGCGUGGGGAGAAUUCAUCCCGAUUCCUGAGGCAAUCAGCUUAUGCCCUGAAGCGUGAGAUCUGAUUUGAGCAUCAACAUAAGCACACUGUCUUGGAGACUGCAUCUUUGUUGUUGAAUGCCACAUUCAAGCCAUAUUAAGACUUAUAUAAUUUUCUUCUGUGGUCUAAAAAUAUCUUCUGCCUAAUAUUUGGAAUCCAUUCUUUGAUACAAGGUCAGAAAGCAUGAUCAGGGGAAGUGGGCCCAUGUCACCUACUUUGGAGGUUCUGUUUAUUUAGCUCUACACAGCUAAUGCAUAUUCCCUUCUGUGAAGAGAAUCCAAGACUGAAAAAAGAUGCCCAUACGAAUCAAAAUUCACAGAAGAGGCCUUAGAUAUCAACAAAUUUAACCAUGUUGCCAAGUAGAAAUUAGAGGUAGCAAAGUCUAUGAACUCAUCUUACUCACAUCCCUGCCAAUGCUGGGUGGUCCAUUACAAUGUGCCCAAACAUGGCCGAAGCAAAUAAAUUUAAAAAUUCAAAUGAAUAUUCAUGGAAUAUUUUCUGCAUUAUUCACUCAGCUAUAUAUCUGUGUGCAGUUCUUACAAGUGAUGAAAACUCCUUCCAUCUUCUGUCAGGCCUGACCCAGGAAGUGGAUAUUUAUACAGUGAAGACAGAAGAACUUGCAUUUACAUCUGCGUUCUGCCUCCAAAUUCAGCGCAACGAUUACAUUCAUGCCUUGGUCACCUAUUUUAAUAUAGAAUUUACAAAGUGCCACAAGAAAAUGGGGUUUUCAACAGCCCCUGAUGCUCCAUAUACCCACUGGAAGCAAACUGUGUUCUACUUAGAGGACUACCUAACUGUGAGAAGAGGUGAAGAAAUCUAUGGAACUAUAUCAAUGAAACCAAAUGCAAAAAAUGUGCGUGACCUGGAUUUCACAGUAGACUUGGAUUUUAAAGGACAGCUGUGCGAAACGUCUGUAUCUAAUGACUACAAAAUGCGCUAGCAAAAGAACCUCUUGAGAGGCAGAGAGAAGAAUUGCAUCAAAUCUUGAUCCACUGCACUUCAAGCUAAAAACAACUGUUUGCAGGUCUAUUACAUUAGACCCUAGAAAGCAUACUUUGGUGGAAAGUUGGUAACCUGAUCCUUCCUGUUGGUGCCACAUGGAGAUGGGAUCCUGCUAUGAAUGUACAGUAUACAGAACCAUAACUUUUGUCAAUUAUAUAGGCAAAAUAAGCAAACAGUCUUCAGUACUCUGGUUAAUUUUAGGAUGGCAGAAGAUGCAUAAUCAAAUUGUACUAUUUACUGUGAAUUUCUGGUUCUUCCAAGCUUUGCAUGCUACAGGCAAUUAGGACAAUUACUUUAAAAUAGAAGACCACUGAGACACAUUGUCAUGAUAGCAUUACUGAGAUCAUAGUCAGUAUAAAUAUAUUAUAAAUAUAAAAUAUGUUGUACAUCAGAAGGAUUCUAUUGCUUCAUAAUAGGAAUUUGUUUUGUGAUUAUUUUUUUCUUCCCAUUAAGCAACAAUAGAAAGUUAGCUGUACUGGCUCUGAUGUUAAUCUAGCUAGGCAGAUGCUACAGCUGUCAUUCACUGCCCUCCACUGUAGCUGUGGGGAAUAUUACAUAUUGAUUGUUAGUGUGAGCUAGAAGGUAACAGAAAAUCAGCAGGUAUAUUUUAGAGUAUCAGUUGGAAAACAUACAUCUCUAACUUUCAGUAUUGAUUUCUGUCCCAUUCACAGAUUGACAUCUGUCAGUUAUUUAGAAAACAAGUUUAACUUUUCAUCAUUUGGGAACAUUUUGUGAUGAAUUGUUAUAGCUGGAUUUUGCAUGAGACCCUCUUAAAUUUGGCAUACAGUAGUUGAAUCUGAUGAGUGCAAAACCUAUAAAAUGGUAGAUUAGUCAUGCUUUGUUGGCCACGUCACAUCUCAGUUUACCUCUCAGCAACCAUCUUAAUACAAAAUCAUUUUAGUUCUGAAUAAACAGGGGGUUGGUGUUUACUUUUUUGGUGGUGUUGGACAGGUCACUUUAAAGUGCAAAUAUUAGUCUCAAAAGUGCAGUGAUUACCUUUGCUGAAAUGGGGUAAUGUUUAUUUAAAAAAAUCUGUGGCUUCUGUAUUAUGAAGAUGUCUGUAGCUUUUUUCCCCCUUCCACUUAUUAUUUUACUUUCAAUAUAUUCAGCUUAUAGUUAAAAUAUUAACUGUUUAUAUUCCUUGAGAUGUAUGUAUCAAUUUUUUUACUAUAUAUAAAUAUUGGGCAUUUACUCACAUGUAAUUUAUUAAAUUGUUGCAUCAUCGUCUUCAUCUGUAUGUCUUCCAGCCACCAAAGGUAUUAGGCACAAAAAGAUGUUCUUGUCAUGUACUGGAUAAAAUUGACUAGCUUUCUGUCUGAGAUAAUUUCUUUAUCAGCUGCAAAUGAAACAGGCUAGAAGUUGUGAAAAGCUAACAGUGCUGAAGGUGUAAACUUGUCUGUAAGCUUUUCUUAGGUUCCUGUUUUGUCAGUGUAACGAUUGUCUGCUUUUAACCUUUUAGACAUGUUUCUAUUGUUUUUCACUUCAUCUGAGAGAUGUACAGUACUUCCAUUUUCUUAUGGUCUAAAGAUUAUGGUCUUGGGAUCAUGGUACAUGGUAUCUAUGUAGAAUGAAAUUAAACUGUAAUUUGGCAGUAAAACAAA